CGGGACAAAGCACUUGUUCAGUUCAGAGGCUGUAAAGGAAACCGUUGUCUCUCCGUCCGCCCGGUACAGCAGCUUAAAGUCGCGGCUUUAACGGUUAGAUUACAAAGUCUCACUUUAUUUUUAAUAUAUCGCGGGACAUUCAUUUCCUGACGGCCGUUUUAUUAUUUUCUCAACUGUUCAAAACUUUAGGAAGAAGGAGAGUUUUGACAGGAAACGCUCUGACUGCUUUCUUUCCCCCUUCCUUGAUCCUCAGUUUGGGACAUCUUUGAGCAAUGUUUGACAAGCAGCAGUACGAGAGUCCACCUGUCUACAGUCCUCCCUUCAGUUCGCCAUCCAACAACGGCUAUGGCCCUCCAGGCAGCUUCCAGGGCCCUCAGAGUGAUUACAACGCAUACCCACCUCCACCAGGAUCGUACUACAUUGAGGACAAACCACAGCACUUCUACAAAUGGCUGUCACCUCCGGGGAUCAUCAAAGCCAUGAUGGGUACGGUGAUCGUGCUGUGUGUGGGCAUAUUUGCCUGCGUGGCCUCCACCCUCAUGUGGGACAUGCAGUACGGAAUGGGAAUGGGGUACGGCGGCAGUGGAGGCAGCUACGGCUCAGGAUACGGUGGUGGUGGUUACGGUGGUGGUUACGGUGGUGGUUACGGAGGUGGUUACGGAGGAGGCUAUGGAGGAGGCUACGGCAGUAACCAUGGCUCCUACAUCCAACCUUACUCAGCCAAAACCGCCAUGAUUGCCAUGGCCGCCAUUAAUUUUAUAGGGGCACUGUCUUUCUUUAUCACAAGCUUCUCUAAAUCCAACACGGUCCACACUAGGAAGUUCUUUCUGAUCCUCCUGAUAGCCAGCGUCAUCAUGGCUUUCCUCGAGGGCAUCAUAAGCAUUGUCUACAUCGUCGGGGUGAACCCUAUGGCCCAGGGCACCUCCAACAUGAUGUACAAUCCCAUGCUGAUGAUGUGCCAGAACCUCUACCAGACCAGCUACUCACAGAUGGGAGGAGUGGGAGGCUUCCCCAUCUACAACCAGUAUCUCUACCAUUACUGCUUUGUGGACCCACAGGAGGGAGUUGCCAUGGUGUGUGGAUUUCUGGUCGUCAUUGCCUUUGGUGUUGCUGCGUUUUUUGCACAUAGAACAAGAGGGAUGAUCUGGCGCUACGGGAAACCAAACAUUUACUGGGAAGAGCCUCUCGUUGGCGGAAAAGCUUCAGAGGGCAGAGACGUAGGGGAAUGGGUGAACAAUGUGGAGGAAAGCCACAGUGUCCAAGACGCCCCUACGCUGCUGGUGUCAGAGAAGGGGGCCGGUCUGCUCAGCGCCUCAGCAAACAGUGUCAUCUCCUACCCCCCCGCCAAGGUGGACAGCAGCUCCUACAAUGAGGACACCCUCGACAACACAGUGUACUCGGAGAGGACCAUCAGCAGACCAUCUGAGGCGUACUCCCCCGGUGGAAGAAUCAGCUCCAGCCCCUCAGAGGAGACCAGCGGGGGCCGCAAACCCUCGGCCAACCGGGGCAAGAGACGCAGACGUAACCCAGAUAUGGACGAGUCGCAGUAUGAGACAGAGUACACCACAGGAGGAGAAACGGGCAAUGAACUGGACGGAGAGGAGUGGGAGAACACGUACCCAGACAUAACUACUGAUGAUCAGCGUCAUGAGUAUAAGAGAGAGUUUGAUGCCGACCUCAGGCGAUACAAGCGCCUGUGUGCUGAGAUGGACGACAUUAACGAUCAGUUGAACAAACUCAGCCGGCAGCUGGACACGCUGGAUGAGACCUCUCCCAAAUACCAGGCUGCAGCUGAGCAAUAUAACCAGCUGAAGGAUCUGAAGCAGACUUCAGAUUACCAGACUAAGAAGAAAGAGUGUCGCAGCCUGAGACACAAGCUGUUCCACAUCAAAGGCAUGGUGAAGGACUACGACAAGAACCACUGAUGAAGCCACUGAGUCCUGACACUCAGCUCUGACACCCACACACACACGGGCCAACACACACUCCAAAACAAAGACUCAUGAGACAUGCCGAGACCAAAGUUACCUGUACAGAGCCGACACAUACACAUAGGGAACAUACUGUACGUUAAUAAUGAUGAUCGUGAUCAGUUAUGUAUAAAGAAAACAUGUUUUUGUCAAGAAAUGGAAGCAGGGCGCUUAACUGUUGCCACUCCCACAGCAAACACUGCCUUUUCCAAAGAUUCAGCUCAUUGGUUUGAGUGGUCAGGAUCAGAGGGUGUGGUCAUUUGAAGGUCAGCUGACCUUCAGACACCUGUGAUAACACUGCUCAGGCUCUGUUUGCGCUCCAUUUUUCUUUGUUUUAUCUCCUCAGAUAAGAUGUGGAAAAGUAUUGAAGAGAACGUAGUGAAGGCUGAGACGAGGAGCGUGAUUGUUUUGCAAACAGUAUCUUUAACCCUUGGCAUGGCGUUAUCUUCGUCAAAAAUUAACAACAAUUGUGCUUUUCUCAUCUUCUUUGUCAGUGUAACUCAUUUUAACGUCAGUGAAGUAACUUGCUAUCGGCCGGGACCAUGUGUCUUCACUGUAUUUUCUAAAACUAAGAUUUUUAUACUGAUUAUCAUAGAUGCACUGAGACCAAAAAGGGCACCAACCGGCCAGUGAGACUUGUUGUAUUGUAUAUAUUUCAAAUGAAUCACAUUUAGAGUUAUUAGAUUUAGCAGAUAUUCUAGCAUGUGUGAUGACGUUAUGUGUUUAUUUGUACAUAAUCAAGACCCAUAGUGGCAUUUUUUAAUCAAACAAGUUGUGCUUAAGCUAUGCAAAUUAGCUAAAAAAAAAAUCAGCUGUUUUAUUACAUUUCUUAUCAUGUUCUUCAACAAACUAGAAAACACUGUUUCUGUGUAUAAGCUACACUUACCAAAAUGAAAAAUGAUCAUCUGCUGAUUCCAUAUGUGGUCAUUUUUGUAUUAAUCCACUUCAUGUUCAAAGUGUUUGGAUCCUGUGUACGUUAUAAAAUUGCUCAGACACCCUUUUGAUUUGUCAUGCAUUUGUAUUUUUACGAAGAACUUUGUUAUUUUACAAACCAUUUGCAAACCAUUUAUUUUUGUAUGGAUUUAUUUUCUUUGAUGCUAUUAUAAGACCAAUUUUUGUAACUGUACUUCCAAAAGGUAUGAUGUCUAAAAAUGGUUGUGUUCAAUAAUAAUAAACAUUUCUAAUUCU